AUGGGUCGUCGAGUCGUCUCCGGCGGCUGUCACCCGGCGGAGCAGAAAAACGGCGACUUUGCGGCUCUCCAGCGGUUGUCAUCCGACGGAGAGGAGCUGGAUGGAGGUGGGGUGCAUGUCAGGGAGCUUCAUCCUCAGGUCCGCACAACAAGAGGAGGCUCUUCAUCACAUCUGAUACGCUCUCAGGAGGUGGCGACUCGUCUCCUGGCAGAUCGUCCUCUUCCCGACGGCGGCUUGUUCGUCGAUCAAUCGAAGAUGAUUUACUCGAUGGAUUCGCGAUCCUUUUAUCGCAAAUUGUUCAGCAAUUUUAGUAGCAAUGCUCCGCGAAUCGCGUUGACGAGAUUUUCGCCGAUGAUCCAGCACUCUCGUUGCUUAAUCCUUCACCGGCGAUCUGCAGGAAAGUCGCGAUAAUUUGAUAAAAAUAUAUGACUUUUGACUCUAAGAGGAUUCGAACCCGCGCUGGUUGUCCGCCCCUUCUGAGGAAAGUGUGACGCGGGUUUAGUCCCACAUCGGUUGUGCGCUGAUUUUUAGGGCAAAUAUAUAGUAAUGUUACGUUUCUAAGCAAAGUUCCUUCUCUCACGUGUACGGCCACUCCUUGCCCCACAACCGGCUGGCCACCGGUGAUGUGGAAGGGGAGUGGCGCACACGUGCCCCUAUCGGUCCAAGCCGCUCGAGCCCCUGCUCGCGGCUACUCCCCGACUGAGCUUCCGACCCGCUUGCGGGCCUGGCUGGCCGGCGGGUCCCCCCUCAUUUUGUCUUAUUUUUAUUUAUUUUUCUUCAUUUAUCUCAAAAGCAAGACUGUAAAAAUCAUAUAAAUUCAUGUAAAAUCACAUAAUUACCUAAAAAUUAGAAUUAAUAACUGAAAACCACUUUUCACACUUUAACACAAAUAUAAGUCUAUUUAUCAUGAGUUAAGGCUAAAACUAUAUUAUUUACUAAUUAUUAACCCAUGAUAAUGAAGACUUAUCAACAGCCACCGGAGAUGAUUCGACAACCCAUUUCAUUAAUCUCUAGACUUCGCAAGGAGAUCUAGAGAUUGCCCACGUCAUCUUUGUCCAAGGAGAGCCUUUGAGGCUGUGGACACUGCACGACGAGCCUCCCGAAUGCUCAGGAUUCCGGUGCAUCGCCGACGCAUUGCUGUCGUGACGCCGAAACUCUAUUUUCCUGCUUUCAACUUACUUUACGCUUCAUUUAGUGAUAAUUUCUGUGAUUUGAAUUUACCAAAAUAUACUUCGUUCACUUACGAUUCUUCCGACUUUUACAAAUCUUAAUUUGAUCAAUUAAAUCGUUUGUAAUCGCUUACGUAAGAAUCACCGGGCAGAACUCUGUUUUCGCCCGAUUCGCGUUCGCCGGGCACUGACAUCAUCCUGAUGUCCGCACCCUUAUUUCCUUUUUUUUCGUGAAUUUAAAAUAUAUUUCCUUUUCAUUUCUUAGUAUAAAAUUCAUAGAAAAUAGUAUUCUUUGAGGAAAAUUUUGAAUAAUUACCAGAUAUUAUAUUACACCCUUGUGAUCAAUCUGAAAAAUCACUACUAUUUUUUGGAAUUUUUAUUGAAUUAUAAUUGAUAUAUUUGUUCAGAAAUACUUCUAAAUAUCUGAAAAAUCGUAUUUUCUAGUUUUAUAAAUUUUAGAUUUGUGUGAUUUAAUAUACAACAACUAAGUCACGUCAGUAGGAUCCGUAAGAAUGAUAAUGGGUAGAAGCCCAAGGGGUGGAGAUGUGAAUGAAUGCGAAGAUGAAAGAGAUGGAACAAAAAAAGAGAAAUCCUUAAGAAAAGUAAUAUCAGCAAAGGUCACAUAGCAACGGGUGUCAGGAAAGUAUACUUGAUAACCUUUUUGAGUGCACAAAUAAUCUAUGAAGACACAUUUCAGAGCACGAGGAGUGAGUUUAGAAAAGGAUGGCCAAUGAUCAUGAAGGAAAGUGGUGCAAUAAAAAAUUCAAGGAGAUAAAGAAAAAAGAGAAGCAUCAGGUGUGAGACAUUGGAGAAGAAUGACAUCACCUAAUGGAGUAGAAGGAAGAUGAUUUUGAAGAUAAAUGACAAUUAGGAGUAUGCUAGACCACAAGUAAUGUGAAACAUACAUCUCAAUGAGUAAUGUGCAAGUAAUGUCAAGUGAUAGUGUUUAUAUUCGACAACUCUAUUAUGUUGGAAAAUGUAUGGGUAGGUGGUUUGAUGAAUAAUAUCAUAAUCAGUACAAAAGGUGCGAAUGACAUGUUGAACAAGUUCAAGUGCAUUGUCCAUGCGAAGAACCUUGGGUGUGGUAGAAUAUUAGGUAAUUAUUUCAAUGAUAAAUUACAUAACAAUAGGGAGAACUUGAGACUGAUCAUGAAGGAAAGAAACUUAAUUCACAUGAGUAUAAUCAUCAACGAAAAUGAUGUAAUAUAGAUGUUCAGUGAUAGAGGCAACUCGAGAGGGUCCCCAAAUAUUGUAAUGAACAAAAUUGAAUAGAGUCAAUGAUAGAAUACUAUCAUGAUAAAAUUAGAGUAAUGAUGAUGUUUGUCUAGUUGACAUGACUCACACAUAAAUUCAUUAAGAGACAAUCAUGAUAAGAUUUUUUGAAGUUUUGAAAAAUAAGGAUGACCUAAAUGGUGAUGCCACAAAAGAGAAGUAGUAGUAGAAGUAACAAAAGUACUCAAAUGCUAGAGGAAGGUGCCUUUGAGAUGAGUUCAUAAAUAUUUUGACCCUUUUCAUGUCCCAAACUAAUUUUUCGUGCGAUAUGCAAAUCCUGAAAGAUAGUGGAAAGAAAAAAAUGUAAUGGUGUAAAGUAGGACACGAGUGAUGGCAUUGAUAGAUAAAAAAUUUAUAAUAAAACUAUGAAUGUAGAGGACUUAGGUCAAUAGUAGAGUAGAGGUCACAAUGGUGGUGAUAUGCCCCUUUAAUCAAACAAGUCUGACCAUCGGAAUGGUCACUGAUAGGUGGGCUAUGGUGUGAUGAAGUGAGGAAAGUAUGAAGGGUGUACUAGUCAUAUAGGUAGAAGUCCUUGAGUCAAGAAUCCAAGGCGAUGAGAAGGCAAAUAAGACAUGUACUUGGCAUGGAGGGUCCCGACAUAGAUGCAAGGUUGGUAGAGGAAAGUGUAUAAGAGGGAGCAAUUGUAAAAUACUUCUAGGCUUCAUAUUUUACUAGCGUGAAAGUUAUCUGAAUAGUAGGAGAAGUCACGGAGUGAACUAUAGAUGAGGAGAAUCUAAAUGACUGCCAGAUAUAACAACUUGAACCCACUUAAGCUUGCCAAACUCCUUCCAACACUUGUUUGAUGGAGGUGGCUUGACUUACCACACUAAAGACAAAGUGGAAAGACAUUGCAGCCUUUGCCUUUGAGAGGACGACCCUUGUAAAGCUAUAGGCUACGACCACAAUCCCAACUAUGAGGAGUAGAUGCAGCCAUAAUUGAUGAGGUCGACAUGGCAAUUGAUUGAGUGGUGCUCGAUUGAGUAGUAAGAGUGCUCGUGCUCAUACAAAGUGUUGUAGAAAAAUUGAUAGAGAGUGUAACACACAAUCACUCGAGAGAAUUUAGUUAUGAAUCUGUGAGACAAUGUCUAGAUGUAGACCACUAAGAUAUACACCAGUAUAGAAGUCUUAGUGAUAUCGCUCAAGGAUCCGAAGGUCAGUAGUUAGAGGCUGAUAAAGAGAUAACUUUUAGAUGAUUGCAUGUAGUUGUUCAAAGUGUGUCUAGACUAAGAGAUCAUGUUGUUUACACGUGAGAAGAGACUCGAAUAAUUACAUAGUACAAUUGAUAUUUGUCUUGUUGGCAUACAUGGUUUCUAUCAUGAGCCAAAGUUGCAUGACGAGCUUGAUAUGAGCAAGGGGUUCGGUGACAAUCUACUCAAUAUUUUGAAGCAUCCACAUGACUACGGUAGUGUCAAUUUGGGACCAAGAAGCAUAAGUUGGGUCAACAAUGGUCGACAGAUUAUUUGUCAGAUGGUGAAGUAGGUUGUGGGACAUAAGAAAGUACUCAAAACCCGAUGCACAUGGCACAUAAUUGAGACUGAUGAAAAUGUAUGCUACCCGAGUCAGUUAGCGUGAUAGAGUGCCACGAGGGAAGGAGUGCUAAUGUUGGAGGCACUUUGAUUAGAACUGGAGCUAUGGGUCGAAGUCCUUAAAGCGGAGAAGAUGCAUUAUCUUGGUCCAUAAUAAUGACAAGAAACCAAUGUAAGCACAAGAACAUGCAGCAAAGGGUGGCAUGCAACAAGAGAUGGUGCAUGGUAAGAAGAGAGUGUGGUGGGAGGUAGUGUAGUAAGAGACAAUACCGUGAGAUAUUGUGAGACACUAAGAGAUACUACAAGAUACUACGACGGCAGAUAUCGCGAGAGUGGGAGGGACUAUGGCGAUAGUAUUGACUAUUUAGUUGAGGAGGAGAAGAGGUCACAUGUGUCUAUAUAGAGGAAGAGAAGAGGAGGAGAUAUAAUAGGUGCUAAUAGGUCGAGAGUCUGAUGACAUUAUUGAACACUCCCCCUCAAGUUAGAGCAUAUAAGUCAAACAUGUCCAGCUUGAUACAUGUGGCAUCAUAGGAGAUCUUAGUCAGACUUUUCAUGAAGACAUCUACAAGCUGAUGAGAUGAGACUACAUGAGGAGUAGAGAUGAGAUUAGACAUAACUUUAUCUCGAAUGUAGUGAUAGUUGAUUUCAAUAUGCUUCAUACGCUAGUGUGAUUAUCGAAAAUAAAGAUAGCGGCUUGAUUCUCACAAUGCAUGGGCAUUGGAGAAGAAAAAGAGAUGUUGAGUUCUUUAAGAAGUGAUCGAAACCAUACUAUCUAUCGUGCAAUCUCAGUUGUGGCUAGAUACCCAGACUCCGCAUUAGAUUAGGAUAUCACCCUUUAUUUCCAAGACCACCAGGUGACGAGGUUACCUCCGACAUAUGUGCAUUAACUUGUAGUAGACUUCCGGUCGCCCUUUGAUAAGUCUUCAUUAUCAUGAGUUAAUAAUUAGUAAAUAAUAUAGUUUUAGCCUUAACUCAUGAUAAAUAGACUUAUAUUUGUGUUAAAGUGUGAAAAGUGGUUUUCAGUUGAGUAAUGUGAAUUUUUAGGUAAUUAUGUGAUUUUACAUGAAUUUAUAUGAUUUUUACAGUCUUGCUUUUGAGAUAAAUAAAGAAAAAGAAAUAAAAAAUAAAAAUAAUACAAAAUGAGGGGGACCCGCCGGCCAGCCGAGCCUGCAAGUGGGUCGGAAGCUUAGUCGGGGAGUAGCUGCAAGCAAGGGCUCGAGUGGCUUGGACCGAUAGGGACACGUGUGUGCCACUCCCCUUCCACGUCACUGGUGGCCAGCCGGCUGUGGGGCAAGGAGUGGUCAUACACGUGAGAGAAGGAACUUUGCUUGGAAAUGUAACAUUACUAUAUAUUCGCCCGAAAAAUCGAUGCACAACCGAUGUGGGACUAAACCGACGUCACACCUUCCUCAGAAGGGGCAGACAACCGGCACGGGUUCAAAUUCUUCUAGAGUCAAAAUUCAUAUAUUUUUAUCUAAUUAUCGCGACUUUCCUGCAGAUCGCCGGUGAAGGAUUAAGCAACGAGAAUCGCUGGAUCAUCGGCGAAAAUCUCGUCAAUGCGAUUCGCGGAGCAUUGCUACUAAAAUUGCUGAACAAUUCGCGAUAAAAGGAUCGCGAAUCCAUCGAGUAAAUCAUCUCCGAUUGAUUGACGAACAAGCCGUCGUCGGGAAGAGGACGAUCCGCCAGGAGACGAGUCACCACCUCCUGAGAGCGUACCAGAUGCGAUGAAGAGCCUCCUCUUGCUGUGCGGUCCUGAGGAUGAAGCUCCCUGACACGCGCCCCACCUCCAUCCAGCUCCUCUCCGUCGGGUGACAGCCACCGGAGAGCCGCAAAGUCGCUGUUUUUCUGCUCCGCCAGGUGACAGCUGCCGGAGACGACUUGACGACCCAUUUUAUUAAUCUCUAGACUUCGCGAGAAGAUCUAGAGAUUGCCCACAUCGUCUUUGUCCAAGGAAAGCCUUUGAGGCCAUGGACACUGCACGACGAUCCUCUCGAACGCUUAGGAUUCCGAUGCAUCGCCGACGUAUUGCCGUCAUGAUGCCGGAACUCUGUUUUCCUGCUUUCAACUUAUUUUAUGCUUCAUUUAGUGAUAAUCUUUGUGUUUUUAAUUUACCAAAAUAUACUUUGUUCUAUUACGAUUCUUCCGACUUUUACAGAUCUUAAUUUGAUUAAUUAAAUCAUCUUUAAUCACUUACGUAAGAAUCACUGAGCGGAACUCUAUUUUUGCCCGAUUCGCGUUCGCCAGGCGCUGACGUCAUCCUGUCGUCCGCAGCCUUAUUUUCCUUUUUCGUGAAUUUAAAAUAUAUUUCCUUUUCAUUUCCUAGUAUAAAAUUUAUAGAAAAUCAUUUUCAUUGAGAAAAAUUCAGAAUAGUUACCAGAUAUUAUAUUACAUCCUGGUGAUCGACCUGGAAAAUUAUCGCUAUUUUUAGAAGUUUUAUUGUAUUAUAAUUAAUAUAUUUAUUCAUAAAUACUUCUAAAUAUCUGAAAAUUCAUAUUUUCUAGUUUUAUAAAUUUUAGAUUUGCGUGAUUUAAUAUACAACGACUAAGUCACGUCACCCUUGUUACCUGCAUACCCAACAUUUGAAUAGGCUUUAACAUAGAGAUGGUCGUGUCAUCAAUAGAUGAGUCUUUUUCCUAGGGCUCACUUGAUGUGUGCUAGAACCUAUAGAGCUUCCUCCUAGUGAACUUGUCGUUGGUCUUGUAUGAACUGACUCAAAACAUUAAUCAUAUACACGAUGUUGGGGCAAGUGACGGUGAGAUAUAUCAACUUGCCUAAUAAUCGCAUGUACUCAUUAACGUCCUUGAAGAUUGGAGAGAAAGUGUCUCAAAACUACAAAUGGGUUUUCUAUGGAUGAAGUCUCUAGCUUGCACCCAAGGAGUCUAGUCUCCAGAAGCAUGUCGAAAGCAUACUUCUGCUAGGUCAUGGCAAGCUCCCCGUCUUGGUAUGCAAACUCAAUCUCGAAAAAAUACCUUAGUCCCCAAGUCACGAAUGCUUAGGUACUAUUAUAAAUAAGCUUUGGUAAAAUGAAUGUUGGCCUUAUCACUCCUAGUCACAAGAAUGUCGUUGACGUAGACUACAAGAAUGAUUAGGCUGCCCUCAGUCUUCUUUGUGAGUACAAUGGGAUCCGUAGCAUAUGACGAGAAGCGAAAUGUGGUGGGAAGACUAAAUCGUAUGGUCGUUGAAUGCACACGAUUCAGUGUCAAAACAAAGUCCUAAUCUUACCAAUUUAUGAUUAAUCAAAGUAAUUAAUUAGUAUAAUGGUAAUUAAGGGUCGAAUCCACGGAGAAUUAGGGAAAUUUGAGAGAUAUCUUUGAAAUUCGGUCAAAUCGGACAAUGAAAUUAGGUUAGAAAUUGGACAAUUUACUAUAUUAAGAAAGAUAACUCAAUUUCGAAUCCACGGAAUCAAAAAUCAGGUGAUUUGGAUGAGAAUUCGAAGAGUAAUCGAAGUUUGAAGUUAAGAGAAAUUUUCGUAUCGUGAAAUGAUUAAAAAUAGAAAUUAAAACUAAAUUAAACUUAAUCUACAAUACUUAAAGUAAAAUUAACACUAAAUGAUGAAAUAUUAAGAUGAAAACAAACAAUCUAACCCAAAUUAGCCUUCGAAAUGAUCCAAUUAAUCGCCGGAUGCAAGGCUUUUCAUUCCGAAUUUUCGAAACAAAGAGAAUUUGAAGAUUGAUCGCGAGCCGUUCUUCCGUCGCGAAGAACGGAUUUUAUAAAAUUCGUAAAUGAUUGUGGCCGUCCGAUCUGAUGGAGUUGAUCGCGAUGGACGAUCGCGAUGAGAUGCCUCUUCACGAAUCGUCACGACGAUUCGACGAUCGUCCGAUCGUGAUUGUGCGGUUAAGAUGUGAUUGGAUGUCCAUCUGAUGUGAAUAAUCUGGACCGUUAUAACUCUCGAUCAGACGGUCGCGAUUUAUUCACUUAAUUGAGUAUUUAGGCACGUGGUUGAUCUCUGAUCGCGUGGACCUCGAUUCCACGUGAUCUACGCACGCUAUUUGUCGCGAUGUCGAUCGGACGCACGAGAUCACGCCACGCGUCCUGCACAUAAGAAAACUAAGGGACUUUAGUCCCACACGGGAAAAACAAAGGAGUAUAUUCGGGUAUAUAAGAUAUGACGAUUAAGAGGGAUUAAUACUUUGUCUUCCGAUAAUCGGAAGACCUAUAUACUUUAUUAAAUAAAUAUAUAUAGUAAAUAUAAAUACGCCACGUGUCACAUCAUCACCACGCAGGCGCCCACGUGCUGUCCACGUGGUAGAGCCAUGUGGCCCCGAGUACCACGUCGCAUCCACGUGUACACGCGCGACAUAUAACCCCUUUUUGCGAUUUUUUAAUUAAUUUAAAACAUUUAAAAAUCGAAAAUAAAUAUAAAUAAAUUCAGAAAAAUUCCAGAAAAUUCUAUAAAAUUGUAAAAAUCAUAACUUUCAAAAUACGACUCCACAUUAAUUCAAAUUUGUUUUGUUGGAUUCAAAAUUGAAUAAUCUAUCAUUAUAAAAGGUCAAAUUAUUAAAAUAAGAAGAGAAUAAAUUUUAAUUAAUUUUAUACAUUUAUGUAUUAUAUAAAAUAAAUUUAUAUAAAUACAUAAAUGUUAAUAAAUAUCUUUUCUCUCAUAUUUUCACUCUUUAAACAUGAUUAUGAUCAUAAAUAUAAUUAGGAUUAAAGAUUUUAAUGUGUAAUUAUUUAUAAUAAUCCAUAAUUUGGUGUAUUUUAAGAUCAUAACAUGAAUUUACACAAAAUGAUAGAAAUGUACUUAAAAUAUGAUAACAUGUAUAUAUUUGUAAUGAUUAAUGCCUUAAUUUGCAUUAAUAAUUAUAUAAUUACAUGCAUAAAUAGCAUGUUAUCAGAAGACCACUAAACUUGGCGAACUAAGGGUGUGGACUCUACUUGAGCCUGUAAAUCAUCUUCCACAAGAAACAUAUUUUAGAUGACCCUCCCUUAGCACAUACCUUGGAGGUUGCUCCAUAAAGACCUACUCCUCGAGAUCACCCUAGAGAAAGGCAUUAGAAAUAUCCAAACUAGUGGAGAGAACAUGCCUGAUUUUUGGCGAGAGAGAAGAACACUCGAAUGGAAGUGAGUCGAACGAUAGUGGAGAAUGUCCUAGUGUAGUCGAUGCCAUACACUUGGGUGAAGCCACGAGCAACUAGACAAGCCUUAUGACAUGCAAUAGUAUCAUUUUGAUGGUAUUUAAGUCUGACUACCCAUUUGCAAAUGACAAUGUUGGCAUCAGCUGGAUGGGGAACUUGUGUCCAAGUCCCCUAAGAUACUAAGGCGUUCACUUCCAAGUCCAUGGCUGCCUUCCACUCAAGUACUUGUGUCGCCUCAACAUGUGAGUGGGAAAUUGACUUAGAUGCCACGAAAAGGGCAAAGGUAUAAACGGAGGGGGAAAGGCAAUCGUGAAAAACGAAGUGAAAGAUUGGGUGUUGGGUGUAAGCACGAAUACCUUUGCAUAGGACGAUGAGAAGAUGAAGAUCAUUCUAAGGAGUACUAGGGACGUCAGCGAGAGGCACAAGUGGCUUAGUGGCAGAGGGAGAUGACGGAUCUGCAGCCGAAAUAGAGGAGGCCGGUGGAGAUGGAGAGCAAGGAGGAGGAGGUGAUGGUAGAGAGGACAAAUAGAAGGGAGUUGAAGGAGAUGGAUCCGCAAGGACAAUAAAGGGGGGAAAGUUAGGUGGAAGAGAGGCAGCGGCUCAAGAAGGAGGAGGGAAGGUAGAGGAGAAGAAGGGAGACUCAUCAUGGAAGCUGAUGUCGGCCAACAUAAUGUAGUGAUGGGUGUUAGAUAAGUAAACCCAAUAGCCCUUCUAUAUUCAAGAGUAUCGACAAAUACCCAUUUGAGAGCAGGAUGGGCGAAUUUAGAUAGGGAAGGAGAGUGAUCUUAGAUGAAGGUAGUGUAUCAAAAGACCUAAGGAGGAAGGGAAAAUAUGGGUGAGGUAGGUAGGAGGCAUUGAAGGGAAAUGGCUUCUCCCAGAGGAGCAGAGGGACACCAAUUCUAGAGGUAAGUAGCCGUCAUGAGGGCGUCAGUCCAAAAAUAGUGUGAGACAUUCAUCUCAAGAAGUAGGGUGCAAGUGAUGUCAAGGAGUUGGUGAUGUUUGCACUAAGCGACAUCAUUCAGCUGCGACAUAUAAUGGUAGAUGAUCCGAUGGAUAAUGUCAUAAUCGGUCUAGAAGGUUCGGAAAGAGGUUUAGACGAAUUCGGGGCAUUGUUGGUGUGAAGAAUUUAAGACAUUGUAGAAUAUUGAGUGACAACCUUUGUGAUAAAAUGAAUAACAGUAGAUGAUGUGCACUUGUUGUUGUGUUUACAUACACAUUAUCUAAUAAUAUUUACAACUAAGACUUAAUAAAAUAUUAGUAUAGAAGUAAGUCUUAAGUCAAACACAAGAAGGUUGAUUAAUCCAUCGUGAAAACUAAUUUAGUUUAUAUGUAAAGUGAUUUUAAUAUUUUAUUAAUAUUUAAUAGAAAUAAUAACAUAGAAGGGUGAGGUGAGAAGAAUAAAAGAAAGAAAGCAAAGAAAAGGAGGAAAAGAGAGAGAGAAGAGAGAGCUAUCAUGAGAGAGAGAAGGGAUGAGAUCUCUCGCGAAAGGGAGAGAAAAGAGAGGAUGAGAGAAAGAGAUGAGAUCUCUCGUGAAAGGGAGAGAAAAGAGAGGAGGAGAGAAAGCUCUCACGAGAGAGAGAAGGGAUGAGAUCUCUCAUGAAAGAGAGAGAAAGGGAGAGAAGGAGAGAAAUCUCACGUGAGAUGGACAGAGAAAAAAGUUUCACAAAGGAGAGAGAGGAGAGAGAGAAAUAAGAUGAAAAUGAAGAAAGAGAGAAAUAUGGUCAACCCAUUUUCUCGGACAAUUGUGUGCUCGAGCAUUCAUACACAUGACAUGAGGUCAGCCGUGAAUGUCUCCAACUUGUUUUAACUGUUGAACACUCAUUAAUCAAUCAUUAAUCUCGAUGAUUUUGCGUUUGAAAAUAGAAAAAAUACUUGCUAUUCACGGAAUGUCGAGAACAUGAAUAUGUCGAGAUUCGACUGCAAAAAUUAAUAGAAAAUAAGUUAGAAACAAUCUUAGCUUAAUCUUAGACGAAUUUUGGAGGAUUCAGAUGAAGAACAAAGAUCAUUCAUCAAGUUUUGAAUUAGUUAUACUCAUUUCAAUUGGAAGGUGUAUGAAAUAGAAAUAACUUGCUGUAAAAUGUAAAUAAAUGACAAAAGCAAGUAAGUAAAUACUGAAAGCAUGAAAUAAAUCAUUGCCCAAGUUUAGUCUGUCUCUUGGGCAACUGAAGACAUUGGUGUGGCAGCUUGGUUUCGUCUGGAGGUGCCACACCACGUCGGAAGUCGCAGAAGUAUCGUUUAGAAGUGUUGCGCUGUUUGUUGGACAUAUCUAUUUAAAGAGGGGUCGACCACAUUGUCACCAUCAUUUGGGGGGAGAAGAGAAGAGCUGACCACCUGUUGGAGGCCUAGAGUGCAGUUGGGGGAGGAAGGAACAAACUUGUCGAUCGCUGGAGAUAUCGAUCGCACAAAAGGAGGGAAGAAUAGAUUGCCGUAUUUGUGACUACCAUCAAAAUUUUAAAAAUAAUCAAUAAUGUCUAUUUUACCAGAUAAUAAUUGAUUAUUAUCUUUAUAUCUAUAACGAUGAUACGUAUGAGAACUUAAGUUCUCGGUAUUGUGGUGCUUUGGGACUCAUUGAUCAGAUAUGCUUGGUCACGUGGCGUGCUGAGUGACACAAGAUCAAACUGCCACAAACCACUGCUGAUCGAAAACUUAUGUUUCUAGUAUUGUGGUGCCUCCUUAGCCGUCAAAUCAUCCUUUAAGGCCAUGCGCGUGUUGAGCGGCGUCGAAUUCACGAACCGCCGAUGGAUUGCUUUACGCAUCUGGUAUUGUGGCGAUUCCCUAGCCACAGGAUUUGGCUAAUUUGAUGACAUGGCUUGCUGCGUACCAUUGGAUCACACCAUGUUCUAGAUGGCUGCACUAAAAUGGACGAAAAGAUUUAGUCCCAUAUCAGAAAUAUUUCGGACGCAUGUGCUGAAUAUAAACCAAAACUACGCUUUCUCAACAAAGAUCCUUUCUCCUGAAAUAAAAUAAUGCCUAGGACCAUCUUGAGAGAAGGCAAAAAGGUGGUCCACCCUCAUGUGCACAUGUGUGUAUGGGCGCUCCUUGCCCCAUGACUAGCUGGCCAUCGGGACGUGGAAGGGGAGUGACACACGUGCGUAGAGCGAGGCCUUCACCACUCAAGCGCAGCUUGUGGCUCCCUCGGUCUGGGUCUACCCCCUCGACUGCUGCCCCUCCUCUAGGUUAGCUACCGAGUGCCGACUUGCCAGUUGGCAUAAAAUUUUUAUAUUAUUUUUAUUUUAAUAAUAAAAAAUUAUGCUAAGUAUUUUAACUUCAAAAUUUUAAAAUUAAUAAUAUAUUCCAUAUUUAUUUUACAAGUUAAUAAAAUAAAAUCAAAUAAUAAAACUAAUUAAAACACAUAAAUCUAGUUUUAACAAACGACCUUGAAGUAGUCAUGUAGGAGGUAUAUUGAUAAGUCUUCAUUAUCAUGAGUUAAUAAUUAGUAAAUAAUAUAGUUUUUACCUUAACUCAUGAUAAAUAGACUUAUAUUUGUGUUAAAGUGUGAAAAGUGGUUUUCAAUUGAUUAACAUGAUUUUUUGGGUAAUUAUGUGAUUUUAUACGAAUUUAUAUGAUUUUUAUAGUCUUACUUUUGAGAUAAAUGAAGAAAAAGAAAUUAAAAUAAAAAUAAAGCAAAAUGGGGGAGACCCGCCGGCCAGCCGGGCCAGCAAGCGGGUCGGAAGCACAGUCGGGGAGGAGCCGCGAGUAAGGGCUCGAGCAGCUAGGACUGAUAGGGGCAUAUGUACACCACUCCCCUACCACAUCUAAUAAAUCUUCAUUAUCAUGAGUUAAUAAUUAGUAAAUAAUAUAGUUUUAGCCUUAACUCAUGAUAAAUAGACUUAUAUUUGUGUUAAAGUGUGAAAGUGGUUUUCAGUUGAUUAAUGUGAAUUUUUGGGUAAUUAUGUGAUUUUACACGAAUUUAUAUGAUUUUUACAAUCUUGCUUUUGAGAUAAAUGAAGAAAAAGAAAUAAAAAAUAAAAAUAAGACAAAACGGGUCGGAAGCUCAGUCGAGGAGUAGCCACGAGCAGGGGCUCGAGCGACUUGGACCGAUAGGGGGACGUGUGUGCCACUCCCCUUCCACGUCACCGGUGGCCAGCCGACUGUGGGGCAAGGAGUGGUUGUACAUGUGAGAGAAGGGACUUGCUAAGAAAUGUAACAUUAGUACAUAUUCGCCCAAAAAAUCAGCGCACAACCGAUGUGAGACUAAACCGGCCUUCCUCAGAAAGGGCGGGCAACCGGUGCGAGUUCAAAUCCUCCCAGAGCCAAAACUCAUAUUUUUUUAUCUGAUUAUCACGACUUCUUGCAGAUCGCCGGUGCAGGAUUAAGUAACCAGAAUUGCUGAAUCAUUAGCGAAAAUCUCGUCAACAUGAUUCGUGGAGCAUUGUUACUAAAAUUGCUGAACGAUUUGCGAUAAAAGAAUCGCGAAUCCAUCAAGUAAAGGAUCUCCGAUUGAUCGACGAACAAACCAUCGUCGGGAAGAGGACGAUCCGCCGAGAGACGAGUUGCCACCUCCUGAGAGCGUACCAGAUGCGAUGAAGAGCCUCCUCUUGCUGUGCGUACCUGAGGAUGAAGCUCCCUGACACGCGCCCCACCUCCAUCCAGCUCCUCUCCGCGGGUGACAGCCGCCGGAGAGCCGCAAAGUCGUCAUUUUUCCGCCCCACCAGAUGACAAUCGCCGUAGACGAUUCGACAACCCACGUCGCAAGGAGAUCUAGAGAUUGCCCACGUCGUCUUUGUCCAAGGAGAGCCUUCGGGGCCAUGGACACUGCACGACAAUUGACGUGACUUAGUCGUUGUAUAUUAAAUCACACAAAUAUUAAAUUUAUAAAACUAGAAAAUACGAAUUUUCAGAUAUUUAGAAGUAUUUCUGAAUAAAUAUAUCAAUUAUAAUUCCAUAAAACUUCCAAAAAUAGCGGUAAUUUUCCAGGUCAAUCACAGGGAUGUAAUAUAAUAUCUGGUAAUUAUUCAAAAUUUUCCUCAAAGAAUAAUAUUUUCUAUAAAUUUUAUACUAAGAAAUGAAAAGGAAAUAUAUUUUAAAUUCACGAAAAAAAAGGAAAUAAGGGUGCGGACGUCAUGAUGAUGUCAGCACCCGGCGAACGUGAAUUGGGCGGAAACAGAGUUCCGCCUAGCGAUUCUUACGUAAGUAAUUACAGACGAUUUAAUUAAUCAAAUUAAGAUCUGUAAAAUCCAGAAGAAUCGUAAUAGAACAAAGCAUAUUUUGGUAAAUUAAAAUCACAAAAACUAUCACUAAAUGAAGCGUAAAGUAAGUUGAAAGCAGGAAAACAGAGUUCUGGCGUUGCGACGGCGAUGAGUCGGCAAUGCACCGGAAUCCUGAGUAUUCGGGAGGAUCGUUGUGCAGUGUCCACGGCCUCGAAGGCUCUCCUUGGACAAAGACAACGUGGGCAAUCUCUAGAUCUUCUCGCGAAGUCUAGAGAUCAAUGAAAUGGGUCGUCGAGUCGUCUCCGGCGGCUGUCACCUGGCAGAGCAGAAAAACGGCGACUUUGCGGCUCUCCGCCGGCUCUCACCCGACGGAGAGGAGCUAGAUGGAGGUGGGGCGCGUGUCAAGGAGCUUCAUCCUCAGGUCCGCGCAGCAAGAGGAGGCUCGUCAUUGCAUCUGGUACGCUCUCAGGAGGUGGUGACUCGUCUCCCGGCGGAUCGUCCUCUUCUCGAUGACGACUUGUUCGUCGAUCAAUCGGAGAUGAUUUACUCGAUGGAUUCAUGAUCCUUUUAUUGCGAAUCGUUCAACAAUUUUAGUAGCAAUGCUCCGCGAAUCGUGUUGACGAGAUUUUCGUCGAUGAUCCAGCGAUUCUCGUUGCUUAAUCCUUCACCGGCGAUCUGCAGGAAAGUCGCAAUAAUCAGAUAAAAAUAUAUGACUUUUGACUCUAGGAGGAUUCGAACCCGCGCCAGUUGUCUGCCCCUUCUGAGGAAGGUGUGACGCCGGUUUAAUCCCACAUCGGUUGUGCGCCAAUUUUUCGAGCGAAUAUAUAGUAAUGUUUACAUCUCUAAGCAAAGUUCCUUCUCUCACGUGUACGACCACUCCAUGCCCCACAGCCGGCUGGCCACCAGUGACCUGGAAGGGGAGUGGCGCACACGUGCCCCUAUCGGUCUAAGCCGCUCGAGCCCCUGCUCGCGGCUACUCCCCGACUGAGCUUCCAACCCGCUAGCAGGCCCGACUGGCCGGCUGGUCCCCCUCAUUUUGUCUUAUUUUUAUUUCUUUUUCUUCAUUUAUUUCAAAAGCAAGACUGUAAAAAUCAUAUAAAUUCAUGUAAAAUUACAUAAUUACCUAAAAAUUAGAAUUAAUAACUGAAAACCACUUUUCACACUUUAACACAAAUAUAAGUCUAUUUAUCAUGAGUUAAGGCUAAAACUAUAUUAUUUACUAAUUAUUAACUCAUGAUAAUGAAGACUUAUCAACGAUCCUCCCGAACACUCAGGAUUCCGGUGCAUCACUGCCGUGACGCCGGAACUCUAUUUUCCUGCUUUCAACUUAAUUUUUGUUACAUUUAAUGAUAAUUUGUUGAUUUUAAAUUUACCAAUAUAUACUUCAUUUCAUUAUGAUUCUUCCGGCUUUUACAGAUCUUAAUUUGAUCAAUUAAAUCGUAUGUAAUCGCUUAUGUAAGAAUCGUCAAGCGGAACUCUAUUUCUGCCCGAUUCGCGUUCGCCGGGCACUAACGUCAUCCUGAUGUCUGCACCCUUAUUUUCUUUUUUCGUAAAUUUUAAAUAUAUUUCCUUUUCAUUUCCUAGUAUAAAAUUUAUAGAAAAUAAUAUUCUUUGAGAAAAAUUAUGAGUAAUUACUAGAUAUUAUAUUACAUUCAUGUGAUCGACCUGGAAAAUUACCGCUAUUUUUGGAAGUUUUAUUGAAUUAUAAUUGAUAUAUUUGUUCAGAAAUACUUCUAAAUAUCUGAAAAAUCGUAUUUUCUAGUUUUAUAAAUUUUAAAUUUACUUGAUUUAAUAUACAACGACUGAGUCACGUUUGCUAUCAAGCGAUAAGAUCUAGGCCACCCAUUAUAAGACACUUUAAUAUGAGAUUAAGAGAAGGAUUAGAGUGCUGCCUUCAUGAAAUGAUUUGAGCCAUCCACCAAGAGAGUUGGUUAUCAAUCAUAACCAUCUAUUAGAGGGGCCUAACUCUUGAGAAGAUUAAGUCAUCACAUCCGCCUUUUGGAAGGUGUUUUUUGGCUCUCUCUCUAGUAGUGACUAACCAAAGAAAACAAGAGGAAAAUCAAGUUUUGGCCAAUGACAUUCUCGUGCCCAAGAUCAUCGUGGAGAAAAGAUUACCUAGAGCACAUCAAGAUCACCAUGGAUCAAACAUCACUCAGCCUAGGACUGAUGCACAACGAGAUUUGUGCAAGAUCUAGAUUUUGGAUGUCCUUGUAAUCCUUUCUAUAGAUGGAUUAACUUUUAAUUCGAAUUAGUUUAUUAUUUAUUUUAUUAUUCUAUUGUGUUAGAUUUAUUCUCUCUCCUUUGCCACGUUUUUAGAUUUAAUUUUGUCAUUCACAAUCCCAAGUAUAUCUAUAUAUAAAUAAGAAAUAACAUAAGUAGAAUUCUUACUCUCUCAUUAUCCAUGUUCCCUAAAGAUCGACCUUUAGUUAUCUUAAAUAGAAGAGUGAGGUUUUUUAAAUAUUAUUUGAAUAAACUUAGUUGCAUCACGACGACGUAUUUAACCUCUAAUUCAAGUUCAUCAGUGCUGGUAGCAACCUUGUUGAAACCUUUUCAUGAUAUUUAUUUUAACAGCCACAAUAACAUAUCUUGAGAAGUAAAUUUCCUCAAAAUCAGAUUGGAGACAUUUCACACAAUAAUCUAAAUUUCAGAGAUUUACUAUAAACAUGUGAAAUUGAUUUAUAAUCAAUAUUCUGCUCAUAACUCACGUCCUUUGACGUGACUUAGUCGUUGUAUAGUAAAUCAUGUAAAUUUAAAUUUAUAAAACUUGAAAAUAUGAAUUUUAAAAUAUUUAGAAGUAUUUCUGAAUAAAUAUAUCAAUUAUAAUUAAAUAAAACUUCUAAUUAGUGAUAUUUUCCAAGUCGAUCAUAAAGAUGUAAUAUAAUAUCAGGUAAUUAUUCAUAAUUUUUCUCAAAGAAUACUAUUUUCUAUGAAUUGUAUAUUAAGAAAUGAAAAUUAAAUAUAUUUAAAAUUCAUGAAAAAGGGAAUUAGGCAGAAACAGAGUUCUGUCCAGUGAUUCUUACAUAAGCGAUUACAGACGAUUUAAUUGAUCAAAUUAAGAUCUGUAAAUGCCAGAAGAAUCAUAAUUGAAUGAAGUAUAUCUUGGUAAAUUUAAAUAACACAAAUUAUAACUAAAUGAAGCAAAAAUUAAGUUGAAAGCUAGAAAAUAGAGUUCCGACAUUGCGGUGGCGAUGUGUCGGCGAUGCACCGAAAUCCUAAGCAUUCAGGAGGAUUGUCGUGCAAUGUCCAUGGCCUCGAAGGCUCUCCUUGGACAAGGAUGAUGUGGGCAAUCUCUAGAUCUCCUUGCAAAGUCUAGAGAUCAAUGAAAUGGGUCGUUGAAUCAUCUUCGGUGGCUGUCACCUGACGGAGCAGAAAAAUAGCGACUUUGCAGCUCUUCAGCGCCUGUCACCUGACGAAGAGGAGUUGGAUGGAGGUGGGGCACGUGUCAAGGAGCUUCAUUCUCAAGUCUGCGUAGAAAGAGGAGGCUCUUCAUCGCAUCCAGUACACUCUCAAAAGGUGGUGACUCAUCUCCCGGCGAAUCAUUAUCUUCCUUACGAUGGCUUAUUCGUCAAUCAAUCGGAGAUGUUUUACUCAACAAUUUUAGUAACAAUGCUCCGUGAAUUGCGUUGACGAGAUUUUCACUGAUGAUCCAACAAUUCUGGUGGCUUAAUCCUUCACUGACGAUCUAUAAGAAAGUCACGAUAAUCAGAUAAAAAAUAUAAGUUUUGGCUUUGGGAAGAUUCGAACCCACGCCGGUUGCCUCACUGUUUUUGGGAAGGUGACGCGGGUUUAGUCCCACAUUGGUUGUGCGCCGAAUUUUUGAGCAAAUAUAUAGUAAUGUUAGAUUUCUAAGCAAGUUCUUUUCUCGCGCGUGCACAACCACUCCUUGCCCCACAGCCAGCUGGCCACCGGUGAUGUGGAAGGGGAGUGGCGCACAUGUGCCCCUUUCACUCCUAGCCACUCGAGCCCCUAUUUGCGGCUCCUCCCCAACUGCACUUCUGACCUGCUUGCAGGCCCGGCUGGCUGAUGGGUCCCUCCCAUUUUGCUAUAUUUUUAUUUUUAUUUCUUUUUCUUUAUUUAUCUUAAAAGUAAGACUGUAAAAAUCAUAGAAAUUUGUAUAAAAUCACAUAAUUACCCAAAAAUUCACGUUAAUCAACUGAAAACAAUUUUUCACACAUUAACACAAAUAUAAGUCUAUUUAUCAUGAGCUAAAGCUAAAACUAUAUUAUUUAUUAAUUAUUAACUCAUGAUAAUGAAGACUUAUCACACCCCCCAAUUUAAAUCAUUGCUAGUCUCUUAGUAAUGGAAUCACGAAAAUAAAAAAUUACAAAUCUCAAACAUCAUAUUUCAAUACAUAAAAUAAAAUACAAUUAGAAAUGAUGCACCUUUAGACACUUUGGAUUCUUAUGUCAAGUAUUUAAGAAUGAUGUCAAGCACUUAAAUGUUUAAGCACUCCUUGGAAUAACAGUUUAGAAUUCACUUCUUCUAUUCACAUCUUUAUCACUUCUUCACUCAUAGAUAUAUUUACAAGAUGUUUCAAUUAUCAAUACUCAUCCAAGAAUAAUAUUGAUCUUACAUUUCCCUUUUUCCAUGACUUGAUUUUUGAAAUUUGCAUUAUAUUUUGUCCUUUAUUUUUAUUUUUAUAUAUAGUGGAUAAGUAGCUUUUCCUGUAGACAAAUUUUGAUAAUAAGAAUGAUGUCUCACACCCUCUAUGUGUACUCUUCAUUUUCAGGGCUUUCACUUUAUCCAUUUAUUUUAUAGUAAGUGUUUUUCUAUGCAUGAUUUUUGACAACGAGAAUGAUGUCUCACACCUUCCAUAUGUACUCUUCGUUUUUAGAUUUUUACAUUGCUCUCUCUCUUUUUUUUUCCAAAAUAAGUGAUUUCUUCUUACAAGUCCUAUAGAUCAUGGUGCAAAAAUCUUCAUUAAACUCAAAUGAUCAAUCAAAUUUUCAAAUCAAAGAAAUAUUAUUCAUCAAGAUAAUAAAGUGAAAAUCUGUAAAAUCAAAUUCAUGUUAUCUAUCAUGUAUACAAGGAGUAUUCCAAUAUUUCAUGCUACUAGAUCAUUCUUUUGACUCAAUAAUAAUCUUCCUAGUAUCUUUUGGUAUCAACCAAUCUAAUUGAUUUAAUUUUGCAUGCAUACAAUAUGAUAUAAGAAAUUUGUAAAUUAGAUAGUUCUGACAAUUCUGUUUUCUGUUUUCAGUUCUAUUUUUAGCAACAAUAAAUUUUUCAAAAAUAAAACAAAACUAUCCUCUUUAUAGUUGUAAUUUUGAAUUUCAGUAAUAUAUGUCUAGGGGAUUGAAAUGUGAGAAAAGGAUCUCUAGAAUUUCAAAUUUCAGGUUGUUUUUUUGUCUGCUGUUUUUGACAGUUUGUCGUUCCUGAUAGAAAACCAGAAAAUAGAUGUUAUAGUUUUUCUGAAUUUUAUUUUAUUUUUAUUUUUUUAGUUGCUGUUCUAAGUGAGUAUGAAAAAAUAAAAAUAAAAUACAAACACAUGUUCUUAAUCAUCCUACAGCAUAAAUUAAUAAUUAAUACUUCACACCCCAACUUAAAAAUGACAUUGUCCUCAAUGACACAGAAAAAUCGAAAUAGAAUAUGUAGAAAAUAUAAUUUUCAAGUGAAGCAUGCAUAUAUGCAAAGUUAAGCAUUAAAAAUAUUAUCAUAAAUGAUAAAGCUCCGAAAGACAUCACCUCAACCUCGUUUUUAAUUUUUCACUUCAUCUUACACUCUUCCUCUUGCACUUUUUCGAAAAAAUAAAUAUAGAAACAAGUACUGCGAAGUUGUAAGAAAAAUAGAGCUUAAAAAAAUCAAACAGAAUGAAAUAAAAACCAUGGGAUGCCUCCCAUGCAGCACUGAAUUUAAUGUCUUCAGCUGGACAGCUCUUAGAUCAUAUAAGAUGAUCUAUGGCCAUCAAAAUAUAUUUGUAUCUCAAGGUAAGUUUCAUGAUAUUAUUUUUCAGAUUUAGCAUAAAUUCAUAUACUUCAUAUAUAUACCUUGACAUACUUUCAGCCAAAACAAAAUGGAAAUUAACAAAAUCUUCGCAAAAAUAAUAUUUUUAUUUUGAAAAGAAUCUUUCCUCAUUUCUAUCUUGUUUUGUAAGGCUCUCAUUCAUUAAUAAAUACUUUCUAUUAAUAGACCAUAAAAUGUGAUCAGGCCAUAUAAUUUUCAAAUUAGAUCUUACCUAAUCUAGAAUUUUUUCAUCUAAAUUAAUAUCUCUAAUUCUUCCACUCACCCAUUUCUUAAUGUGUUCUUUUAUCUUCAUAAUCUUCUCCUGCUCCGUUUUAUCUUCCAUACAUAUUUGUUCAAUUUGCGAGGAGUGAAAUAUUUCAAGCUUAAAAAUAAUUCUAAUGGGCUGUGGGUUUUGAAGGAUGGAAGGAUUGUCUUCUUUAAUCUUAGAUCUAAUGAAUUCAAUAAAAUUCAAAUUUUCUCCUCCAAAAUUAUCUCUAUAUUCAUAUUCAUUAUUUUCAUUUCUCCCCAUUAGUUGAAUCAACUCUUUUUCUAGCUUUUCGUUUCUCAACUCAUCAAAUUCUUUAUCUUCCCAAGAGCUAUCUUUUAAUUUCGGUAUAUGAUAUACAUCAUCAUCCUCACUAUCAAUAUCCAUGGCUGCAAAAUUAUGAUUAGAUUUAUUAAUUUCAUCUCCUACAUCUCCCAAAUUAAUUGAUUUUUCCUCACCUGAAAUAUGUUUUUCUUCAUUUGUGUCCUUACUCCCUUCUACUAAAAUUUGGAUGAUUUUUCCAUGAUCAGCUAUUGUUUCUUCAUCUAAGGGCUCUUUCCUCCUCAUCAUCCUCACUAUAUUCAUUCAUCAAUUGUGAGCAAUAAAUGAUUUUAUUUAAAUUUUCUGUUACUAUAUUUUCAGCCUUAAUAUUCUCAUUUACUUCUAAUGGCUGAUCAAUUUCUUCUAAUAAUUAGAAAUAAGGAUGAGGUAAAAUAUUCUCAAUCAAUGUAUUCACUAUCCUAACAUUUUCAUUUCGUGGGUUUUUUUCUAAAUUUAUCCAACUAGACUCUCUUUGCUGAAAUCCUAUUGUUGGAUAGUUUUCUGAAUUUUCUAUGGGUUGACUAAGUGGUUGUCCCUCUUCUCUCUUAUUCCCAAGAGCCUCUAUAAUUUAUUUCUGGUGCAGCAUCAUUUGAUUCAUAGUUUGUUGCAUCAUUUGGCUGAUUUGCUGCAUCAUUUCCAUAGCAUCAGGUUGGAUUUGAGAGAACUAAUUUUUUUGAAAUGUAUGUUCUUGUUUUGGACGAAAUUCAAAAUGAGAAUUGGAUCUAAGUACUUCUGGAUUUUGAAUAUCAUUUGGGUUUCUCCAUGAAAAAUUAUUCCCCCAAUUAGGAUUAUAAGAAUUAGAAAAAUAUUCUCUAUUUUUACUAAAAUCGUGAGGUACCUGCACUUGUUCUUGCCUAUGAUGAUAUGAAAUUCGAAAUGAUCAUUUUCACCAUACAUAAGACUUGUACUAUUUGAAUUAAAUUGAGGAUUAAGAGGUUUUCUAAUAUUGUCAAUAAGCAAAUCAAGUUUUUCUAAUCUUUGAUUAAUCUAAUUAACCUCAUUUCUAAAUUUAGAUUCAUUAUCAUGAUGCAAUUCAUAAAUUCCUCUCUUCUUAUCCCUAUCAUAUAAUUCAAAAGAGGCUUGAUCUCUAGAAUUUUCACUUAAAUUCUCAUAAAGACUAUAAAUCUCAUCAGGGGUUUUCUCCAUAAAAGCUCCUCCACAUAUAAAAUCAACUAUAUUUCUAUGUUGUUCUAAUAAUCCAUCAUAAAAAAUUCUAUUGAGCUGCCACUUGGAUAUAGCAUGAUGAGGACACUUUCUAAGUAAAUCUUUGAAUAUUUCCCAUGUCUCAUGUAAAGUUUCUCCUGGUCUUUGAGAAAAACUCCAUAUAUGUUUUCUCAUAUUUUGAGUUUUUCCUAAGGGAUAAAAUUUUCGAAGAAAAGCCUAUUCUAUGUCUUUCCAGCUAGUUAAUUCUCUAUCUAAUGUGGAUAGCCAAUGGCUAACUUUGUCCCUAAGUGUCUGAGGAAAUAAUUUCAUCUUAAUAAUUUCUGGUGUAACUUGAGGGAGAUUAACUAAAUCACAGACCAUAUGAAAUUAUUCUAAGUGCUGAUGAGGUUCUUCUAAAGGUAAUCCAUGAAAAUUAGGGAGCAUUUGAAAAAUUCCUAGAUUUAUUUCGAAUUUAACAUUGGGUGCUAAUGGGACUCUAAUAUUGGAUGCUCUUUGAAAUGAAUCAGGGAUAUAAUAAUUUUUCAUGGCCAUAGGAUUGUUCUCAGUUUGACCUGUACUUUCUUCAGGAUCUCUCAAAAUUAAUUUUUCUUUCGGAUUUUUAGUUUUGAAUGAAAUAAUGAAAUGAUUUUCUAGCCUUGGAUGCAAGGAUCUUCUACCAUGCAUAAAAAAAUAAUAAAUUCGAGUGAAAAGUUUAUUAAUUGUUACCCUCCUUCAGUAUGCUCCAGUCCUUGCCUUGUUUCUUUUCGUUCCCUUUUUCUAAAAAAAAAUUCGGUAAGAAGAAAAUAAAAUAAGAGUUAAUUUUUUUUUGUGUACUCUAAGAGAAAAAUAGAAAAAUAUUAAAUAUUAUGCAAUAUAUCCCUGGCAACGGCACCAAAAUUUGACGUGACUCAAUCAUUGUAUAUUAAAUCACGUAAAUCUAAAAUUAAUAAAACUAGAAAAUAUGAUUUUUUAGAUAUUUAGAAGUAUUUCUGAAUAAAUAUAUCAAUUAUAAUUCAAUAAAACUUCCAAAAAUAGCGGUAAUUUUCCAAGUUGAUCACAGGGAUGUAAUAUAAUAUUUGGUAAUUAUUCAGAUUUUUUCUCAAUGAAUACGAUUUUCUAUGAAUUUUAUACUAGGAAAUGAAAAGGAAAUAUAUUUAAAAUUCACGAAAAAAGGAAAUAAGGGUGCGGACGUCAGGAUGACGUUAGCGCCCGGCGAAAAAUCGGGCGGAAAUAGAGUUCCACCUAGUGAUUCUUACGUAAGUGAUUACAGACGAUUUAAUUAAUCAAAUUAAGAUCUGUAAAAGCCGAAAGAAUCGUAAUUGAAUGAAGUAUAUUUUGGUAAAUUAAAAUCACACAAAGUAUCACUAAAUGAAACGUAAAUUAAGUUGAAAGUAAGAAAAUAGAGUUCUGACGUCGCGACGGUGAUGCGUCGGCGAUGCACCGGAAUCCUAAGCGUUUGGGAGGAUCGUCGUGUAGUGUCCAUAGCCUCAAAGACUCUCCUUGGACAAAGACGAUGUGGGCAAUCUCUAGAUCUCCUUUCGAAGUCUAGAGAUCAAUGAAAUGGGUCGUCGACUUGUCUCCGGCGGCUGUCACCCAGUGGAGCGGAAAAACGGUGACUUUGCGGCUCUCCGACGGCUCUCACCCGACGGAGAGGAGCUGGAUGGAGGUGGGGCGCAUGUUAGGGAGCUUCAUCCUUAGGUCCGCGCAGCAAGAGGAGGCUCUUCAUCGCAUCUGGUAUGCUCUCAAGAGGUAGCGACUCGUCUCCCGGUGGAUCGUCCUCUUCCCGACGACGGCUUGUUCGUCGAUCAAUCGGUGAUGAUUUACUCGAUGGAUUCGCGAUCCUUUUAUCACGAAUCGUUCAACAAUUUUAGUAGCAAUGCUCCGCGAAUCGCGUUAACAAGAUUUUCGCCGAUGAUCCAGCGAUUCUCGUUGCUUAAUCCUUCACUGAUGAUCUGUAGGAAAGUCGCGAUAAUCAGAUAAAAAUAUAUGAAUUUUGACUCUGGAAGGAUUCGAACCCGCGCCGGUUGUCCGUCCCUUCUGAGGAAGGUGUGACGUCCGUUUAGUCCCACAUCGGUUGUGCGCCGAUUUUUCGAGCGAAUAUAUAGUAAUGUUACAUUUCUAAGCAAAGUUCCUUCUCUCGCGUGUACGACCACUCCUUGUUCCACAGCCGGCUGGCCACCGGUGACAUGGAAGGGGAGUAG